CCGGCUUCGUCUCGAGAUUUAAAUUUACCAUGUAGUAGCUCCGCUACGCGCUAUUCCACUCGCACUUUAGCUAAUUAACGUUAGAGUAAGAAAGACAAAAAACAAGUUUUCCCACUCCAACAUUACCCUGUACGGUAGUUCACUCCGCCGCUAGCCUGGACCGUCAUUAUCUUUCGUGCGCGCGUGCACUACGCACUUGGCUAUAAAAAUACUUAAAUAGUGAUUUAAAUAAAAAUGUCGAAACGGUCACAUCAAGAAACCAAUGAAGACCGUUGGAGGAGAAAAAUAAAGGACUAUGAAGCUAAGUUGGCGGCGACAACAAAAAGAAGACGUCGCGUAAUCUACUCCAGUGGAAGCGAUUCGAGCGAUGACGAGGCGAUAGAUGUACAACCAGAAGAACAUCUCAAUAACGACGUCAUCCAGACUGAGCUGUACACGGAUGAAAAUAAUGCGGUCGAAGAACCAGGCACCGAGUUGGCUGCACAAGAAGAGGAAAUGAAUGAUCCAUCAUCAUCAUCAGCCGCCCCGGUACCCAAUGUAGACCCUGAUUUGCUUCUUGCACUUGGGGAUUCCGUCACAGAUACCCCUGAGUGGAGUGACGAUAUUCUGCAAGAUAUAUCUCAACGAUGGGAGCCCAUACUUAAAACGGGUCUUGCAAAGGAGAUCAAGGAAGAGCUUUUAAAGAAAUACCUUUUCCCUAAAAACGUUCCCUUGUCAAAGCCUCCAGUGCUAAACCCAGAAGUGUCUGCCAUGCUAACCGAAACGUGCCGGAGCAGAGAUGCCCGCGUUUCCUCCAAGCAGAAUCAAAUAGGUCGCGCUAUCGCAGCCUUAGGAAAAGCUAUGUCCGGCAUACUGACAAAGUCUAUGAAGGGAUCGGAGGUCGUUAAAAUACUUAACGACGCCGGCAAACUGCUCGCCGACUCUCACUUCUUAGAGACAGACACACGGCGAUCACUAAUUAUGCCGUUAUUAGAUAAAUCAUAUGUCAUCCUGUUCAAAGAGCGACAACGCGACAGUUUCCUGUUCGGAGAGAACUUAGGGGAGUUCAUCAAGUCGUCGAGAGGCAUAAAGAAGACAGGAGAGCUGAUCGCGCCUACGCCGCCCUCUACGUCAUCCACGAAUUUAAACUGGACGGGCCCGCCGCGCCAGCAACGCGUCAACCGACCGCCAGUACAACGCGGCGGCGGGCAGCGAGCACUGAGGGCGGCCCCGCCGCCGCCGCCGCGGCCGCGCCGAGCGCCGGCCCCUCCCGCGCCCGCCCCGCGCCGAGCGCCGCCCGCAUCCAGCCGACGGCCGGCGCCGCGGUCGAGAUCCCCACACCGGCGUGCGACGUAGAAGUACAGGCAGGCAAAUUCAUCCCCUUCACCACCAGCUUUCCCUGGCUGUGACUAUAUUGUCAGGCAAGCGUUCCUGAGAAGACAAGUUCCUCAUUCGGCCCUACAAGUGAUGAUAUCAUCCUUAUCAAAAAAUACUUUAUCGCAAUAUUCGUCCAGCUUAAAAUUAUGGUGGCAAUAUUGCCAAAUUAAUGAAAUUAAUGAUAUUUAUGAUGUAAAAAUCAAUAACUUAUUAGAUUUUCUUAAUCGUUGCCUACAAGAUGGUGCAUCUUAUGGUACGUUAAAUAACCACCGGUCGGCUAUUUCGUUAAUUUCAAGUAAUUGUAUUAGUCAAGAUGAUUGUCUUAAAAGAUUUUUCAGAGGAGUUUUUAGAUUAAAACCUUCCUUCCCAAGAUACACUGUUACAUGGGAUCCUGUGAUUGUAUUAAAUUAUUUUUCUAAUUUAUAUCCUAACGAAUCCUUGCCGAUUGAAUAUAUUACAAAGAAACUUGUUAUUUUGUUAGCUUUAGCAACUGGUCAGAGAACACAAACAUUAUCAUUGAUUCGUUUAAGCAAUAUUAACCGAUUUAAUGAUAGAAUUAUUAUUAAGAUCACAGACUUAAUUAAAACGUCUGCCGUUGGAAGAUCUCAACCUAUAAUUGAUUUGCCAUUUUUUGAUGAAAAAUGUAGUAUUUGUCCAGCGAAAACACUUCUAGCCUAUAUUAAUAUUACUCGAAAUAAUCGGCCUCCAAAUGAAUCAAAGCUUAUACUAACUUAUAAGAGACCCUACCAUGCCGCAUCGUCCCAAACAAUCGGACGGUGGAUAAAGCAGGCUAUGGAAGAGAGCGGAGUCGAUGUCGAUAUGUUCCGCCCACAUAGCACACGACACUCGGCCACGUCGGCAGCUAGCCUUGCUGGUGUUUCAGUAGAUAUCAUUCGAAAAACUGCUGGCUGGUCGGGCGAGUCCGCAGUAUUUGCGAAUUUUUACAAUAGGCCGAUCAUAAAUUGUAAUAAUUUUACCGAAUCGGUAUUCAGAGAUUUUUAAUUACAAGGUUUAUUAUGUAAUAGUUAUAAGGAUAACUAUAUUUAUUUACAAUAAACAAAUACCUGAUUUAUGAUUAAUAUUUGUUUUACUUAUCAUCGACAACAUUGAUAACCUCCAAACAUCUACAUGGUAAAUUUAAAUCUCGAGACGAAGCCGGGAUAAUUAGAUGAUCAAACGAACUUACCUGAAGUGAAGUUCGAUCUUAAUUAUCCCGGCUUCGUCGAAGAGAUUUAAAGUCCCAACCCUCCCGUGCUGGCUAAUGUUGACAAUUAACCAGUACCCAUAAAUCUGACCAAUGUUGUCCAUGUACUCUAAAUAUAAUGACGGUCCAGGCUAGCGGCGGAGUGAACUACCGUACAGGGUAAUGUUGGAGUGGGAAAACUUGUUUUUUGUCUUUCUUACUCUAACGUUAAUUAGCUAAAGUGCGAGUGGAAUAGCGCGUAGCGGAGCUACUACAUGGUAAAUUUAAAUCUCUUCGACGAAGCCGGGAUAAUUAAGAUCGAACUUCACUUCAGGUAAGUUCGUUUGAUCAUCUAAAAAUA